AUGUACAGCAAUAAUUUGCAACAAUGGUGGGAGCAUACAUAUCAUCACCACUUGAAUCGGCAGCAGGAAGAACAGCUGGCGUUCGAUGCGAACUUUUUUCAGACACAAAUUCCGCAGGACUAUUAUUACGAAACCACAACAACGCUAAGUCCGAAAAUUGCAUUUGAAGAUCCCAAUUCCCUGAUCAAUCAUGCAGCAUUACAACAACAACAAGACGAAGCGGGACUCUAUGAUUAUGACAGCUAUGAAAAUCUGACAUUUAUAAGUCCCUAUGAUGGUGAUCGUGAUGAAAAUUCCAUACCCUCCCUUACGCUGCUGUUUAUGGCCAUUUCCUAUGGCCUGGUGGUCUUUGGUGGGGUUUUGGGUAAUGCCACGUUGCUGCUGACCCUAUGCUCGGCAUCUUCGGUAAGGCUGCGUAAUCCUCUGCUGUUGGCCGUGUGUAUUGCAGAUUUAUUGGUGACAGGGAUUUCAGCUCCAGUGACUUUACUAAAUCUGGCCAUGAAUAGGAAAACCAAAGCUCUGCCCCUGCAGCUGUGCAAGGUCAUCGAUUUUAUACAGGCCACACCAGUUGCUGCCAGUACUUUGUCAUUCUUUCUACUUUCGCUGGAUCGUUAUGCAACCGUAAAACAUCCUCGUCUGGCCCAACUACGUCAACGUCGUUAUUUGCACGUUUCCUUGGCGAUUUUCUCGUGGAUGACAUCAACCAUUGUUAGUGUUCCAUUUUUAUUUAUCUAUAAAAUUGUUGCAAACACAGUUGUUAUUAAGAAUUCUGCUGUCGCUGCUGCUGCUGCGGGUGCUGCUCCACACCGGUCAUUAGCUACACCGUUGCCAACAACCAUAAGUUGCCAUUCGGAUCCCGCUGCCAAUCCAGCUUUUGUCGUUUUCAUCCUCAUACAUACCUUUAUUGUUUUCAUUUUGCCCGGCAUCGGGGUGCUGCUAAAUCAUUAUGGUGUUCGGAGGAAAUUAUGUGCACUGUCGCUGACAGCUCGGGCAGCACACGGUGAACUGCCACUUCCGAUGCCAAUAUUGAGACGUCAGACGCAUAUGGUGAUUGUGACGGGAGUUGCAAAUGCCCAUCAGGCGGCGGGUUGUGGUGCUGCCACAGAUGACACAUCGAAUGGUGGAGGUGGUUGUGGUGGCGGAGGAGCAGGAGAUAUACAAAUGCAAAAUCUAAAUCCCAGAAUGCCACCAACAACGCGCCAUUUUAUUAAAUCGAAAAAUCCCAUAUCGCCAAGAGCAAUGCGUGAAAUCCGCGAACACUCGCAACGACAAAGAAUGCAACGGACAUCGACACGUGGCCGCAGAGUUGCCACACCCGGUAUACCCCUGCCGCAAACCUCAACGCUGCGCUCAAGACGACAUCUGGCCAAUAUGUUAAUUGGGUCGGCAUUGAUUUUCAUCAUUUGUUGGACGCCGCAUGUUUUUUGUGUUAUCUAUCGGAUAAUGGGCUAUAAACAGCAUUGUUCGAAAGCAUCACGCUAUUUUAAUUUGUUAUUGGGUUAUUUAUAUUCCGCCCUGAGUCCCAUAAUUUAUUGGGCUCUCAAUCACAACAGUCUGCGACAAUCGCCUUGCGCCCCGCUCAUACGUUUACGUUCAAUGCAGAAAUUCCUGAGAACCCGAUUCCGUUCGAAUCCUGUACCGCCAGCCCCCUCCUCAACGAACGAGGCUCAAUUGGGUGCAUUUAAUCCGAAAUUAAUAAAACUUACACCAAAACAAUAUCGCGCUCAGGCAUCAUCACAUUAUCUGUACUAG